AAAACCCUAGCAACUUCUUCUCAUCGCUUCUCUCAGAACUCACGAACUCGGAGACGAAGAAGAUGACGGUAGAAGCAGUGAACCCUAAGGCGUACCCAUUAGCUGAUUCUCAGCUAUCGAUAACAAUCCUCGAUCUUGUUCAACAAGCUACGAAUUACAAACAGCUUAAGAAAGGAGCCAAUGAAGCUACGAAAACAUUGAACCGUGGGAUCUCUGAGUUCGUGGUUAUGGCUGCUGAUGCUGAGCCUCUCGAGAUUCUUCUUCACCUUCCUCUGCUCGCUGAAGAUAAGAAUGUGCCGUAUGUGUUUGUGCCAUCGAAACAAGCCCUUGGAAGAGCAUGUGGUGUAACAAGACCCGUUAUCGCUUGUUCGGUUACAUCAAACGAGGCUAGCCAGUUGAAAUCUCAAAUUCAGCAGCUUAAGGAUGCCAUUGAGAAGCUCCUCAUCUAAGGUUUUUUGGUUUAGGGUAUGAAUGAUGGGUCUCUUCCAUUUAUGGAAAAAAGGCUUUGACUGAAGCGAGUUUCUCUGCAACUUUUAGAUUAUGCUAUCUGUGUUUUGAAGAUUGUACUGUUUUUUUUUUCUUUUUUUUUUUCAAUAUUGUGUUGGUGCAAAUGCAGUUUUGAACAACAACAGUUAUUUCUGAAUUGAGUUUCUUAGAUUUUGAUUA